CAUCCGAGUCCCCAUCUGCCUCACCACCACCCCAGGCGUCGAGGCUCGUCUGCGUCCCAUGUGGACGCCGGCUUUUUUGAUCCCCAGGGCGUCCGAGAGCUAGCCCGCACGUUGUCGCGGAUGUCCCAGGAGCAGCGCGAUCUUCCGGCCGCGCAGCGAGCGCGCCCGGCCUCCCCGGAGAGCGAAACCGAUUCAGAUGAGACCUUGCUCGGUGAAAAGUUCGAUUUCGGCAAAACCUUGCGGUCAGUGAUACGAAAGUUACAGAAGGAGGAUGUCAAGCUUCGCGAGCUUGGAGUCAUGUUCAAGGACUUGCGCGUUAUCGGGCUUGGUGCGGCGGCGAGCUACCAGCCGACGCUCGCCUCCAUGUUGAACCCCGCUACAAUAUGGGAGUCCAUACAGAAUGCCAGGCAUCCGCCUCUCCGCGAUAUAUUGUCUGGCUUUGAGGGGGUGGUCCGCCCAGGCGAGAUGCUUCUCGUACUCGGUCGACCAGGCUCUGGAUGCACUACGCUUCUCAAAACCCUUGCUAAUCAAAGGGGUGACUAUCACGCCAUCGAGGGUGAAGUGCACUAUGAUUCCUUCGCGCCCGAGGAGAUCGAGAGUCGAUACCGGGGAGAUGUCCAAUACUCCCCCGAAGACGACGUGCAUUUCCCGACACUCACCGUGGAUGAAACUCUGCGUUUUGCAGCAAAGACACGGACGCCACGAAAUCGUGUUGCGGGCAUGUCUCGCGAGGAAUAUGUGGACACCAUCACUAACAUCCUGGAGACCAUCUUCGGCCUCAAACACGCGAAGAACACGCCUGUCGGAGACAACAGGGUUCGAGGCGUCUCCGGAGGUGAGAAGAAACGUGUUUCCAUCAGUGAGGCGCUUGCCACCCGGAGCUUGAUCGGUUCAUGGGACAACUCCACCCGUGGCCUCGAUGCAAGUACCGCGCUAGAGUUUGUUCGCGCUCUCCGCAUCGCUAGUGACACUAUGCGUCUGACAACGAUUGUUUCGAUCUACCAAGCAGGCGAACAGUUGUACGAGCUCUUCGAUAAAGUUUGCGUGAUCAACGAGGGCAAAAUGGUCUACUUUGGCCCCGCCGAUCGUGCACGGCAGUACUUCCUCGACCUGGGCUUCCGCCCUCACAACCGUCAGACGACGGCCGACUUCCUCGUGUCCGUUACGGACCCGAACGGGCGUGAGCUCCAGGAGAAUAUAACGACUCCGAUCCCGCUCACGGCGACCGACAUGGCGGCCGCGUUUAAACGCUCCGAGCUGAGCCAAUUGAACGAGAAGGACAUUGAGUCCUAUCGGGCCGAGUUUACCGGCAAGCCCGAGCGCUCAGCUGCGUACAAGACGAGUGCUCGUGCAGAGCAUGCGAAGCGGACGCGCAAGGCCUCGCCGUACACGAUAACGGUCUUCAUGCAGAUCAAGACAUUGAUGGUUCGCCGGACGCAAAUCCUGAAGGGAAGCAUUGCGGAGCAGGCUAUCAUGACUUUAUCAUUCGUCAUUCAGGCCAUCAUAGUCGGAACGGUUUUCUACAACCUGCCGAAGAGUACCUCCGCCUACUUCUCGCGCGGUGGUGUACUCUUCUUCUCCCUCCUCUUCGCAGCGCUCAGCACCAUGUCCGAGAUUCCCGCACUCUUCGGUCAACGUCCCAUUGUCUUCCGCCACAACCGAGCCGCCAUGUACCACCCGUUCGUCGAGGCGGUCGCGCUCACUGUGGUCGAUGUGCCUAUCACGUUCAUUACCAUGUUACUUUUCUCCAUCAUCAUCUAUUUUCUUGUUGGCUUGCAGCGCACGGCGGGCCAGUUUUUCAUCUUCUACCUCCUGGUGUUCACCAUGACAGUGACGAUGAAAGCUUGGUUCCGUUUCCUGGCCGCGUCGUUCAAGUCUCCCGCACCGGCUCAAACCAUCGCAGGUAUUAGUAUCCUCGCUCUGGUAUUGUACACUGGCUAUUCCAUUCCCAAGCCGUCAAUGAUCGGCGCAUUGAAGUGGAUUACCUACAUAAAUCCCCUUCGAUACGGUUAUGAGGCGAUCAUGACCAACGAGUUCUACGACUUGGUUGGGACUUGCGCCAACUUGGUCCCCUCCGGACCAGGUUACGAAGGUGUCUCCCUGAAUAACCAGGCUUGUGCCACGGUCGGCUCCCUACCUGGCCAGAACACUGUGCAGGGCUCUCGCUACGUCAGUCUCUCUUAUGCAUAUUACCACAAAUAUCUCUGGAGGGAUUGGGGCAUCGUUCUUGCCUUUGGCGUCGGCUUCAUCACUUUCCUGCUCGUGGCUACCGAGUUCAACACGAGCCUGGCGGGUCAAAAUGCUGUCACUCUCUUCAAGCGAGGCUCUCGCGCACAAGUACUACAGGAAGCCGAGGCUGCCACCGACGAGGAGAAGGGGAAGUCGAACGCAUCUCGUGGUCAAUCUGAGAAUUUGGACGAAAAGAAGGAUGCAAUCGCUGCACCGCCUAUGACAGAUGUUUUCUCGUGGCAGCAUCUCAAUUACUACGUUCCGGUCUCCGGCGGGGAGCGACAGCUCCUGGCCGAUGUCUCCGGUUACGUCGCUCCUGGCAAGCUUACUGCGUUGAUGGGAGAGUCUGGAGCCGGCAAGACGACUCUACUCAAUGUCUUGGCCGAGCGCGUCGGCAGCGGAAUCGUUCGCGGAGACCGCUUCGUCAACGGACAGCCCCUUCCUCCGGAUUUCCAGGCGCAGACGGGUUACGUGCAACAGAUGGACACGCAUAUUGCCAACAUGACCGUUCGCGAAGCUCUCCGGUUCUCGGCGGAUAUGCGACAGCCCCAGAGCGUUCCUAGCUCAGAGAAAGCAGAGUACGUGGAGAAAUGCCUACACAUGUGCGGUCUUGAGGCCUGGGCAGACGCCAUCGUCGGAUCGUUGGGUGUCGAACAUCGCAAGCGCACGACGAUUGGAGUGGAAUUGGCUGCUAAGCCGCGUUUACUUCUCUUCCUGGACGAGCCUACCUCAGGUUUGGACUCGCAGUCUGCUUGGGCAAUUGUGCAAUUCCUCCGUGAACUUGCGGACAGCGGCCAAGCGAUUCUCUGUACCAUCCAUCAGCCGUCUGCCGAGCUUUUCCAAUGUUUCGAUCGCCUCCUGCUGUUGAAGAAGGGAGGCCAAACAGUCUACUUCGGACCGCUCGGACACCAUUCUCAAGCGAUGAUUGACUACUUCGAAGGCAACGGAGCCCGUCAUAUCACGGAAGUUGAGAACCCAGCCGAGUAUAUGCUCGACAUCAUUGGCGCCGGAGCGACGGCUACGACGGAUCGUGAUUGGUUCGAGGUGUGGCAAAGUAGCCCGAACUUCAAAGCAACUCAAGAAGAGAUCGAGGUUAUUCAUCGCGACGGCCGGAAUCGUCCCGCCGUCGAAGUAGCUCGUCACUCAGAAUACGCCACAGCCUGGCCGUACCAAGUUGCUCUGCUCUUGCAUCGGACCUCCAUGGACAUUUGGCGCGAUCCGACGUAUUUGAUAUCUAAAUUCGCGCUGAAUAUCGCGGGCGGUCUGUUCAUCGGUUUCACAUUUUUCCAAUCGGCCAACUCCCAGCAAGGUGUCCAAAACCAGCUUUUCGCCAUAUACAUGGGUUGCAUUCUAUCAGUCCCCCUUGCGCAACAAGGCCAGGUUCCGUUCCUUGUGACACGUGGAGUCUUCGAAAUACGAGAGCGUCCUUCCCGGAUGUUCUCAUGGACUGCGUUGCUCACAGCGCAGAUCAUCGCAGAGAUUCCAUGGAACAUUAUUGGAUCAUCGUUGUUCUACUUAUGUUGGUACUGGACAGUCGGGUUCAAUAACGACCGCGCCGGCUACACGUAUCUUGUGAUGUGCAUCGCUUUCCCGAUCUAUUACUCCACCAUCGGACAAGCUGUUGCUGCGAUGUCCCCUAACGCCGAAAUCGCAUCCGUGCUGUUCUCCUUCCUGUUCAGCUUCGUCCUAACCUUCAACGGUGUCAUGCAACCUUUCCGCCAGUUGGGCUGGUGGAAAUGGAUGUACCGCGUCUCGCCUUACACGUACCUCAUUGAAGGGGUCCUCGGCCAAGCUAUCGGCAACCAGUUGAUCACAUGCUCCACCAAGGAACUCGCGGUGAUAAUACCUCCGUCGGGUCAGACCUGCUCGAACUACUUCGCGAACUACAUCGCUAAGGCCGGAGGAUACCUUACGAACCCGAAUGCAACGGACGAGUGCCACUUCUGCUCUACCAGGACGACCAAUGAGUUCUUGGAGGCGACGUUCAACAUCUUCUAUUCCAACCACUGGCGCGACUUCGGCCUCAUGAUUGUCUACUGCGCGAUCAACAUCGCUGCGAUCUACGGCCUCACCUGGUUGUUCCGCAUCCGCCAGGGUAGCUUACUAGCGCCGUUCAAGAAGAUGGCCGCUCGCAAGUCGGCAUGAAGAGUCGACCCCACCCAACCCGCGUAUCGUCAUAUAUGGGGUCUACUAGAGUUAUCAUAGCCAACGUCAAGCAAACGCCCGUUUAGAUCGUUAGAAAUAUGUUAAGCCAUUGGCUUGCGGACUGUUCAGCACCGAGAUCAUUGGAUACGAACACUACGAUGUACUUCUAUAGCCCAUUCUAAUCUAUUACUGAUGCCG